AUGGCUCUAUCAGACUGCUGCCUCAAGGGCUUUAGGUGGGAUGGAGAGCCGCUCGGUCACGAAGAGCAGCUGGGCGAGAACAAAGCAUACAUCUCUGGCGCGAACAAAGAUGCGGCUGUCAUGUUCAUUCAUGAUGCAUUUGGCUGGACGUUCAAGAACCUGAGGCUCUUGGCGGAUCACUAUGCUCAAGAAGCAGAUGCUACGGUGUACCUACCAGACUUCUUCGGCGGCGAGGUCCUUGAUUCCGAAGUCCUUGCAUCGGGGAAUUGGCAGUCACUCGAUAUGAAGGGGUUCAUGGCUCGCAAUAGCAAGGACGCAAGGCGAGACGAGAUAUUUUCCUGUGCCAAGGUCCUUCGCUCCCAGUACAAGCGUAUUGGCGUCAUCGGCUUCUGCUUUGGCGGCUGGGCUGUUUUCCAGCUCGGUGCAAGGGGAAACAACCUUGUCGAUUGCAUAGCGACAGCGCAUCCGAGUCUUCUGACCAAGGAAGAGAUCGACGCCGUUGGGGUGCCCGUCCAAAUACUGGCGCCGGAGCACGACAUGAUGUUCACCCCGGAGCUACGGGAGUACGCUAACAAGAAGAUACCGGAGCUGCAGCUACCGUAUGACUUUCAAUUCUUCCCUGGUGUUACUCCCUGCGAGGAGCCUUUGCUCCUUCGACGAGGGCUCAGACCUUUCCUUUCUCAACAUCCCAAGGAACCUAGCGACGCCGAAGCCAUGGCCUCGUUCAUGUCGUCCGUCAUGCGCCUCGCCUUCAAGCGGCACCCUCCCGAGGGGCGCCUGGACGAGGAGCACGCGGCCGCAACGGCUGGUUCCGUCGGUAUGACCUCCACGCUCGGCGGGGCGACGUUUGCUCCCUCGCAGCAGACGCAGCACGGCGGCGGCGGCGGCAUCAUCUACCCGAGCACGGCCUCCGACGACGACCCGCUGACGCUCUUCCGCCUCAUGCUCGGCAUCACGGCGUCGCCGCACCUGGGCUUCAGCGCGCACGGCCCCGCCGGCACGCGCCCGGCGCCCAACGUCGGCCUGUACGCGCGCGUCGUGCACUCGGAGCAAAAGGCCAAGGACAGCUACAAGGUCUUCUCGGUCGUCAUCAACGCGUGCUACUUUUUGCAGAUCAUCGUCGCCGCCGCGCUGACCGCCAUGGGCGCCGCCGCCGUCAACAGCAAGGCCAUCACGGCCUUCGGCGCCAUCAACACCAUCAUCGCCGGCUUCCUGACCUUCCUCAAGGGGUCGGGCCUGCCCGGCCGGCUCAAGUACUUUGGCGGCGAGUGGAAGAAGAUCCGCGAGUUCAUCGAGCAGCGCGAGCGCGACUUCUCGCGCCGCGGGUGCGGCCUCGACGUGCACGAGACGGUGGCCCUGAUCGAGGCCAUGUACGCCAACACGAAGCGCGACAUCGAGAUGAACACGCCCGACAGCUUCAACUCGGUGAGCAAUAUCCAGGUCAACAGUCCGACGCGGAUCGGUCUCGGCGUGGAACCGCCGCACAAGAUCGCCGGCGUCGACGUCUCCAAGAUCGAGGGCAUCAUGGGCAAGCUCAAGAGCUUGGACGGUACGAUCGGCAACAUAAAGUCCCGCAUCGAGAAGAAGGGGCACGACGUGAACGAAGCGGCGCACCAACUACAGGAUGACGAGAAGAGGGCCGAGGAGGAGCUGCAGCGUCUGGGAAAAUCAAUUGAGGCGGGAAUCGAAGAGCAUAAGCCCAGGCUGGUGAGAGAGAUGUCUCAUGCAGUAGACGAGGUAACUCGAGAGGCUAGGGAGCAAGUCACGCAAAGAGCCGGGCAGGUGGCCGCUGAUGCAAGGACUGCGACGGAGCGCGCGCGAGAUGAAGCCAUGGCUGGUGUGGCGAGAGAGGUGAGAAGAGCUGCUGAUGACGUCGAUCCGAGUUCCAAGAAGUACUAG